AUGGCACCAAUCACUUCGUCGGUGCAUCACCAUCGGAGCACAACAAAAACAAGCCACAAGCCAUUCAAGAGCAAGCACGCUACGAAGAGUGCUCUCAAGGAGAGGACAAGAGGAAAAAUUGAGACCAAAGAACGAGGAGUCCGGAAAACACCCCACCAACAACUCAUGUCCAAACUCGAUCGCAAAAACCAAGCUCGUCAGAAACAACAAGUGAAACGUCAGGAAAAGUCUCAGGCCGCUAGUAUAUUUGCUGGACAAAAUGGGGCUCCCCGUCAAGUGGCCAUCGUCCCCCUCUCCGAGAAUAUUGAUGUCGCUGCCGUGAUUCGCGCUUUGAAUGAAAGUGUGGAUGUUGCCAACGAUGUCUCCAUUGAUCGCCUGACUCGUAUUCGCGUUGAUCGGUUCAAGCAAAAUAUUAUGUAUACCCCGGCAAAAUACGACUUGAUACAUGCUUUGGAUGUCUGCCGUGUAGCUGAUUUUGUGGUUUUGGUUCUGCCAACCGAUGUUGAGGUGACAGAGGAAGGAGAAACGCUUCUACGAUCCAUUGAAAGUCAGGGUAUUUCCAAUGUCCUUGUGGUAGCUCAAGGUCUGGAUCAGGUGAACCCACAGAAGAAACGCCCGCAAGUGAUAUCGUCACUCGUCUCGUUCAUGAACCACUUUUUCCCCACCAUUGACAAAGUCCUUUCUCUCGAUUCCCGGCAAGAGUGCUCGAACGUGGUUCGAAGUCUAUGCACAGCUACUCCAAAGGGUAUCCGGUGGAGGAACGAUAGAAGUUGGAUGACAGUUGAAGAUGUCAAAUGGCCGGAUGCACAAGGAAGUUUGGUUGAUGAUGUCGUGGUCACUGGUGUUGUUCGGGGUAAAGGAUUGAAGGCAGAUCGAAUCGUACAUAUUCCAGGAUGGGGCGACUUCCAGAUUGAAUCUAUAACUGCCGCGCCACUUCCAACCACUAAGGCCAAGAAGGAGGAUACAAUGAACAUUGACGAUUCAGAGACAUCUCAAGUUUUGGACCAGCCGACCGAUGAUCGUGAUGAUAUGGCGGUCAUCGCACCUGAGGAAAUUGAGAUGGACGACGACAUGUUAUCGAACCCUGACGUAGAAAGACGUGGAGUGCUGCUUGAUGACCAUCAUUACUUUUCCGACGACGACCUGCAUAUUCCUGCACGGCCAAAGCGACUACCCAAGGGUACUUCAGAUUACCAAGCUGCCUGGUUUCUCGAGGACGAUUCUGAUUCUGCAUCCGAUAUGGUUGACAAUGAAGAUGAAGAUAUGGAGAUGGAAGUUGAUGAAACCGAAGGUCGUCCUGAGGAUGGUGUCUUCCCGGACCACGGUGAUGCAAUGACCGAGGGUGGCCCGUCAGAGUAUCCUCAAUCAGAGAUGUUCUUAGACCCGUCACCAGAAGACGAAGCCGAUCAACUUGAAAAUUACCGUGCUAGCCGACGGACUGAAGCAGAAGAUGACCUGGAGUUUCCUGAUGAGAUCGAGUUACACCCCAAUGUCCUCGCUCGAGAGCGACUACAGAAGUACCGUGGCCUGAAAAGCCUCAAGACUAGUCGCUGGGAGACAUCGGAAGAUCGACCAUUUGAACCGGAAGAUUGGCGAAGAUUACUUCAAUUUAAUGACUACAAAGGUAUCAAGAACAAAAUGAUCAGGGAGGCUCUUAUAGGUGGUGUUACACCCGGCACACGAGUGAAUGUGCACUUGAAGGCCGUACCGUCAGCACUGCGCAAUAAUCCUUUGCCAGUAGCAUUAUACUCCCUGCUUCGACAUGAGCAUAAACACACUGUCAUUAAUAUCAAUAUGACAUUGAACUCUUCCGUCGAGAGGCCCAUCAAGUCCAAGGAGGAAGUCAUCAUUCAAUGCGGGCCUCGCCGUCUUGUCGUGAAUCCAAUCUAUUCCGGUGCAGGAAAUACACCAAACAAUGUGCACAAAUUUGAUCGAUACCUUCAUCCUGGCCGCAGCGCCAUUGCUACCUUUAUCGGCCCUGUAACAUGGGGCGCUGUUCCAGUUUUAGUAUUCAAAAAGCAGGCUGUCGACGAUCCUGAAGUCCUCGCCUCCGCCGAUGGCAGCACCAUCGCUGGAAAGACAUCCAACCGUCUGGAGCUCAUCGCAACAGGCACAGUCGUUGCACCCGAUCCUUCACGAGUGGUCGCCAAACGAGCCAUCCUUACUGGCCACCCUUACAAGAUCCACAAGAAGGUUGUCACAGUGCGUUAUAUGUUCUUUAAUGCUGAAGAUGUCCAUUGGUUCAAGGCUCUGCAACUCUGGACCAAGCGUGGCCGCAGUGGUUUCGUCAAGGAGAGCCUGGGAACUCACGGUUACUUCAAAGCGAUGUUUGACGCAAAGAUUAAUCCUCAAGACUCUGUGGGAAUUAGUUUAUAUAAGAGAGUCUUCCCGAGAAGAGCGCGAGCUAUUGAAGAGGUUGAAAAUGCUGCAUAA